AGGGAGAGAGAGUGGGAAAGAUUGAGGGAGGUGGGAAGACAGAAGGAGAGAUAGAGAGACAAGGAAUGUGAUAGAGAGAGCAUGAGUGUGAGAGAGAGCGUUUGGAAGAGAGAGAGAGAGGGGGAGUUUGGGGCAUACGCUGUACCGCAGUCGUGCUAAGGUAGAGCCGCAUGAGUCUCAGAGGAAUACUGCUGACCCUGUUGAGCGUCUCUGAGGGAAGUCGUCACCCUGCAUGGACUAGCAGAGGGACCGGACUCUGAUCCAACCAGGGCCUCCAAAGUCAACAGUGAGUUCGGCCAAGUGUUGCUGCUGCCGUGCCCCCUACUGGUGUAGCUUCCACCCUGCACCCUACACAUAACGGGGUAGAUACAUAGCCUAUACCGAGAGGCUGGUCUGUCUACCUAGCUAUUUUAGGGGAUAGCAGUCAAACGCAUAUUUUUCUUCCUUAUAAACAGCUAAAAAAGAUGUCCUCCAUACACUCAGAGUGAGGACUUCCUGCGUGUUGUCUGUGACCCUGAGAGCCAGGAGCGUCCUUGGAUCACCUCCAGGGAAAUCCAUUCGCCCACAUUCACUGUCAUUUCGUUCAAGUGUUUUGAAUUACUGAAGGGAUUACACAUCUCACACCGUGUUCUCCAGCAUCCGGUCCCCGUAUAACCUCCACACCAGAACCACUUUGAAGGGCCUAAAACCAGAACCCCAGAUCCGGAUCCGGACCAUGAACCCCAGCGGCUCAGUCUCUCAGGGCCGUGUGGAGCUGAGCAGGCUCCUCAGCGUGGCCCCUCUCCUGCUCCUGCUCCUGCUGGGGGCCCCUCCGGGCUCCCGGGGCCAGAACGACACGGAGCCCAUCGUCCUGGAGGGGAAGUGCCUGGUGGUGUGCGACUCCACCCCCUCCUCCGAGCCGUCGGGCAACGCCCUGGGCAUGUCGGUCCGCUCCGGCACGGGGCGGGUGGCCUUCUCGGCCACGCGGCAGACCAACCACGAGCCCACAGACAUGAGCAACCGCACCAUGAUCAUCUACUUUGAUCACAUCCUGGUGAACGUUGGGAACCACUUUGAGCAGGACAGCAGUGUGUUCCUGGCCCCGCGGAGGGGAGUGUACAGCUUCAACUUCCACGUGGUGAAGGCCUACAACCGACAGACCAUCCAGGUGAGCCUGAUGCUAAACGGCUGGCCCAUGGUGUCGGCCUUCGCUGGGGACCAGGACGUGACGCGGGAGGCGGCCACCAACGCCGGCCUGGUCAUCAUGGAGCGGGGGGACAAGGCCUAUCUCAAGCUGGAGAAGGGCAACCUGAUGGGCGGCUGGAAGUACUCCACCUUCUCCGGCUUCCUGGUCUUCCCCUUGUGAUCGGGACCCCGGCUAGGCAGUGGGUCGACGGGACAGGCAUGGAUGGACGGAUGUGUUGGGUGAGGGUGGGGAGGAGGGUGGCUGUCGACGGCCCGUUGGGGAUGUGGUUGGUAGGGGUGGUGGGAUGUUGGGGA